CUCAUCAACCUAGCUAGUACCACACUAACGCAAAACUUUCUUCCAGCACCGAUCGACCUGAUCACGUAGGUUCGCCGUCAUGGUGCCGAGGCUAGAGCGCGGCGCCGGCGGGUUCCAGCUUCCCAACUCGGAGGAGGAGAACUCUCUCUUCCUCCGUGCCCUCAUCUCCGUCAUUUCCGGCGACACCGUCGUCCCCACGCUAAACCUGGAGCCGUCGACGCCGCCCUUCGCCGCCGCCGUUGCUGCUCCCACCGCUGCGACAGCAGCUGCAGCCAGCUGCGCCACGUGCGGCGCGGACGGGUGCCUCGGAUGCGAGUCCGUCGCGGCAGCUGCGGCGACGACCGGCUCGAGCAGCGAAGGCGAGGAGUGCUCGGCCGCGAGCUUCGUGAAGGAUGGCGGCGUGGGCAAGCGGCGCGGCGCCAGGAGGGGGAGCAAGUUCAGGGGCGUGCGGCAGCGACCGUGGGGGAAGUGGGCGGCGGAGAUCCGCGACCCGCACCGCGCCGUCCGCAAGUGGCUCGGCACCUUCGACACCGCCGCCGAGGCCGCGCGCGCAUACGACGUCGCGGCGUUCGAGUUUCGCGGGCAGCGGGCGAAGCUCAACUUCCCGGCGGCCGCUGCCGCCGCCGCGUCAUCUUCUGUGUCGGCGUCCGCUUCUGGCUCUUCUUGGGCGCCUGUGCACCCGCGGCCGCAGCACUUGGUGGAUAGCCAUGGAGAGAACAGCGGGUCGAAUGCGUCGUCGCCAGCCCACGUGCGGCAGCUGCCGGGGCAGGGGAGGGCGCCGGUGGGAAGGGAGAAGGAGAUCUGGGACGGCUUACAGGAGAUCAUGAUGCUGGACGAUGGCAGCUUCUGGUCUAAAGCGCCAUGAUCUCGAUCUAUCGUGGCCACUAUAGCUCGUUGUUUCCUCAACGUUUAUCACUUCUUUUGUUACAAACAUGACUUGGAGAAGAAUAGCUCCUACGGUUUCUACACAUGUAAGACGUGCAAGAUUGUCUGGGAAUUCUUGGAGUUAAUUUGGAAUAGAGAACUUUAGUGCAGUGCUUA